GAAUUGGAAGUUCUUCCUAAUCAAGAUGCUGUGACCCUGCCUUAGAGAUGAGAGGUGACAGGUUUAUGGAUUUGUGUCUUCCAGGCUUCUCUGCUGAGAAGAAAGAUAUCACUGGUCCAGGGACAGCGAGGGGCCAGGAGCGGAGCUCACUGACUGUGCAGUGUCGGUAUAGCUCACGGUGGAAGACCAAUCCGAAGUGGUGGUGUUGAGGGGCUGCCUGGAGUAGCUGCAAGAUGCUGAUUCAAACCGAUGGGUCAGAAAGGCUGGUGAAGGAGGAGCGUUUGUCCAUCAGGGACUACCAGAAGGACCUCGUGUUCAAUGUAACCUUGGGGGAUCUCAGAAGAGAUGAUGCUGACAGUUACUGGUGUGGGAUUGAAAAAUUGGGGAUUGACUUUGGGGACAAAGUUAAGGUGACCGUUGUUCCAGGUAAGGACUCUCCCUACCAUACUGUCAGAUACCAACCAACGACUACCACCAGCCCCGCCACUCGAUCCCUGCUGAGCAACACCUGCUUCCUGCUCCUGGUCUUCUUGAAGUUUCCCCUUCUACUGAGCAUGCUUGGUGCUGUCCUGUGGGUGAACAGGCCUCAGAGAGAGCCUGCGGGGGAUGCAGAGUCAGACCAAUGAGAACCUGUACUACUGAUCCUGAUCACUGCCUGUCCAAGAGAGAAAGGCCCUCCAGUAGAAGAAAAAGAACAUUUCUGUCAGGACAUUGCUACGGUGCUAGGUCAGUGUGGAACAGCUCCUUGAUUUCCACUCUUGCAACCAUGACACCUGGGGCUCUGGGACUCCUGGACCCUGUCACUUCAUAGACCUGCAGCGGGAGGGGGCUUUCUUUCCUUCAAAGGUCUCAUGAAAGAAGAAACUGCAAACUUCCACUUGUCCCUCAGUUCUGUUGAGGGGUACAUGUAGUCUCAAUCUGUUUGCCACUCUCGACAUUAAUGGAUUUCUUUUGCAUUUCGUGGGGUUUAGGGGUCCAGCCAAUAAUUUCAACAUUCUUGACCCUUUGAAGAAAAUGACUGAACCAAACUAGAAAGGGGCAAGAUGUGAGCAGAGGCAAAGCUCCCAGGGCUGCCCACCCAGCCGCAUUGUUUUCUUGCAGGGAAGGGAGCGUGGAAACAGCCCCAUCCCAUGUCUCUUGGACAUGUAUGGCUGAAGACGAGGUUGGGCACCACAUCCUCUCUAUUCCUCGCAUCAUCCUUCUUGUUAACAUCUCCAAGCUUUCUUUGUUAUUUGAGAGUGAGACUGCUGCUCUCAUUUUUGGAUAAAUGAGAAAUGAGCCAUGGAUUUUAUGGAGUGUGGACUAAUUAGACAAUGGAGACAGAAUCUGUCCAGGAACUGUGCAUUUGGGGUAUCUAG